UGGCCCUCCACUAACGUUUUAAUAUCAACGAGUCUGUCGACAAUGUUCACAUCUUGACCGUUGGGCCCCUAACUGCUAUAACUUACAAUUAGUCCGUUGCCUUUUUUCCUUAAAGUUCUACAUCAUGGAGCCGUCUGCGCCUAAAAGCAAGCUGAAAAAACUGAGCGAGGACAGUCUGACCAAGCAACCAGAGGAAGUGUUUGAUGUUUUAGAGAAACUCGGUGAAGGUUCCUAUGGCAGCGUGUUCAAAGCCAUCCAUAAGGAGUCAGGCCAGGUGGUGGCCAUCAAGCAGGUACCUGUGGAGUCUGAUCUUCAAGAGAUCAUCAAGGAGAUUUCCAUCAUGCAGCAGUGUGACAGCCCUUACGUAGUGAAGUACUAUGGCAGCUACUUCAAGAACACAGACCUGUGGAUUGUCAUGGAGUACUGUGGAGCCGGCUCUGUCUCUGACAUCAUCAGACUGCGCAACAAGACAUUGACAGAAGAUGAGAUCGCCACUAUCCUGAAGUCGACACUGAAGGGUCUCGAAUACCUUCACUUCAUGAGGAAGAUCCAUCGGGACAUCAAGGCAGGGAACAUCCUGCUCAACACUGAGGGGCACGCCAAACUUGCAGACUUUGGAGUUGCUGGACAACUAACGGACACCAUGGCAAAGAGAAACACUGUGAUUGGUACUCCGUUCUGGAUGGCCCCUGAGGUGAUCCAGGAGAUAGGCUACAACUGUGUGGCUGACAUCUGGUCCCUGGGCAUCACGUCUAUAGAGAUGGCAGAGGGCAAACCCCCCUACGCUGACAUCCAUCCCAUGAGAGCUAUCUUCAUGAUCCCCACCAACCCCCCUCCAACAUUCAGGAAGCCGGAGCUUUGGACAGACGAGUUUACAGACUUUGUCAAAAAGUGUCUGGUCAAGAAUCCAGAGCAGAGAGCAACCGCCACACAGCUCCUACAGCACCCAUUCAUCAGCCAGGCCAAGCCGGUCACAAUCCUGAGAGACCUGAUAACUGAGGCCAUGGAGAUGAAAGCCAAGAGGCAGCAGGAGCAGCAGAGAGAGCUGGAGGAGGACGACGACAACUCUGAGGAGGAGACCGAGGUGGACUCUCACACUAUGGUGAAGUCAGGCUCAGAGGGGGCAGGAACCAUGCGGGCCACCAGCACCAUGAGUGAUGGUGCGCAGACCAUGAUCGAACACGGCAGCACCAUGCUAGAGUCAGACCUGGGCACUAUGGUCAUCAAUAGUGAUGAUGAUGAAGAGGAGGAGGAGGACCAGAGAUCCAUGAGACGGCACGCCACCCCCCAACAGCCGAUACGUCCAUCCUUCAUGGACUAUUUUGACAAGCAGGACUCGAAUAAAGCAGCCCAGCAGCAGGAGAACUACAACCACAACCAGCCGCAGGAGCAGCCCGGCUAUCACAUCCAGUCCAAGAACGUCUUCCCUGACAACUGGAAAGUGCCUCAGGACGGAGACUUUGACUUUCUGAAGAACCUGGACUUUGAGGAGCUGCAGAUGCGCCUGAGUGCCUUGGAUCCUAUGAUGGAGCGGGAGAUUGAGGAGCUCAGGCAGCGCUACACUGCCAAAAGGCAGCCCAUCUUGGACGCCAUGGAUGCCAAGAAGAGACGACAACAGAACUUCUGAGUGCUCCUCCCUCCGGUCUCGGUUUCCCAAAGCCACCGUCACCGCAAAACUUCAUUCGGCCUCAUUGACUCAGAGGAACUAAGAUGACCUUAUUGUCUUUGUUGGAAGCUCAUUGCUGUUCUGACUGACUGCUAACUGGCCUCUGGAGGAAGCUAAGUGCUUCUUUUACUCGGUGACAUCCAUUUUGGCUCCUGGAAUCCACACUUGUCUGCCUUGUUUCAUGUCUACAUGCUGUUCUGACAUUUUAGAUCGUAUAUUUGUUUCUACGGUUCCUGUAAAGUCACUGUCCUGUGAAUGAUGCUCAGGACUGCGGCCAAAAAGAGAACUAAGGCUUGGCGACGUCUGAAAGUCACAAAACGAAUUUCCUCUUUUCCAAACGCAGACAACCCUCGGGGAAUCGCCACCAACAAGUAAGGACGCCUAUCCUCUGGCAGUAGCAGCAGUAUAAUCACCAGGUCAAUGACAAGUGGUCUUUUUUCCUCAGAUGUUUCACUUACAGUGUAAAUAUGAUAUAGAGCCUAGUCUGGAAAUACCUGCAACAAAAGCUGUGGAGGCUUGUUCAUGACCAAAGACAAUCAAGAUAAUGUUGAUUAAGUUGAGAAUGCCUUAAAAUAUUUGAAAAAUGGUUUUCAAAGUAAGCAGUGUAAUAAAACGAGUUGUUACACAGUUAAAUCCAUUUCCUCACAUGGAGAUGAGUUGGAAAUGGACUAUGGGAAGAAGCAAGAAUGGACAGAAAUCAUGUGGAUGGUGGGCGGAUCGUGCAUGUUUUCAAUCGCUGGUGGAUCCGAAAAAUUUGAAACUUAUUUCAUUAGUCUUAAUCAUUUAUUUCAUUUUGUUGUUUUCACUUUGAUUUUCUGGGCUUCUUCAGUGCUGCCACACUCCAUGUAUCCUAGUGCCUCGUAACACACCUGUCCCAGUUCUCCAUCGCUCUCUGAGCUCACAUGUACUCAGCGCUCUUCGUGAAUUUUAAAUCUGAGUUCUUAUUCGAUAAAAGGAUCCACCAAACUCAAAUUAAAACCAGAGUUGGCACCAAAGUUCAUUCCGAAGUUUUAAGAAAAUAAAUCUAUUUUUUCCGUACAAGCAGAAGCAUUCCUAAAUACUGUAUGACUUAUUUUUAUGUCUCUAGAGAAAAACCCCUUUAGAUUUAUUUGAGUUGUUUUCUGUAAGUGUUCCACAGUACGACUGAUUAACUACAGAUUACAAUAUGACUGUCUAAGGCAUUUAAACCAGAAGUGGGGCCAUCUGAUAUGUGAAGUUUUGAAGAAGACCAUAUUAGUUCAGUGCUCAGUGAAGAAGACCAAAUAACACAAGCAGUCAUAUAAACUGCUUUAUGGCUGUAGUCCAAGAAAGAAAACACAUCAGGGUCAGAUAUAAGACUUAAGUUAUUGAUACUGUAUAGAUAAGGAAACAGAGCAUCAGCCAUGUGUCUGAUAUCUGGAUUUCAGACUAAAAUUUAAAAUUGCAUUAAGGGUUUUUUCAGCAGUUUAUAUCUGCAUUUCAUCAAUGUGUGAGAAUGUGCUGGGGGGGGGGGGGGGGGUU